AUGGCACACACCUCGCUGUUCCUCUACCGGGCCUCGGCGGACGGCGCGCUGAGCCAGAGUUCGGGGCGGGGCCACGGAGCGGCGGCCAGCAGCUACAGCCUUCUCGGCAUCCCCAUGAUGGACAUGGAGGUGCUCAAGGCCACCCAGGUGGUGUUCACCGCCCUGGGCAUCGUCGUCACGAUGCUCGGCGUGCCGGUCGUGCUCUGGUCCGACACUCUCUUCAAGGCGGAGGGCAGUACUCCCGGAUGGGUAUUCAGUUUCGGCUUUUUGGUGGUGCUCGCGGGUACGAAGACUUUACAGGAGUAG